ACAGGUCGUGGCGAAUUUGGCUUAGCAGCUUUCAGAGUGUUUGACGAAGAUGGCGAUGGAGAAAUCUCCUAUGAAGAGAUGUGGAGUCUUUACCAGCUGGUGGGAUCCAAUUACUCGCGCGAAGAGGUACGGGCACUCUUUGAGAUAGCUGACCAAGACGGCGAUGGGGGCAUUGGGUUUGGAGAGUUCAGAACCACCAUGAGAGCUCUCAUGGUAUUCGCUGAUAGCAAAACGAAUAAAUAAGGGCCACUGAAGUGGCUAUGAGAUGCAUAAGAGUUCUGAGUUCAGUGAGGUUCAAGUUCAAUCCAUAUCUAUAUGAUGCCACAGAAUUGCUUUUUAAAGGUAUCUCAAUUAGGCAAAUACGAAUUAAGGCGCAGAUACGAGGUCCGAGAAUGUGAAUGUGUUUAAACGAACUAGCUGAGCUUGGCUGGUAUCCGCUGUGGACAGUACAUACAGUCGUGCAUCUCUUGCCGAUAUAUUAUUUCAACUAUAUACUGAAUGCACACGAUGACAUCAAUUUCAGAAGUUGAACGUAUUCCCGCUUAAGCUCCAAAAAGAGACAGGAUCUCAUCAAGUGGUGAACUCUUGGUCUCCUAAAUGGAGAAAGACAACGAAGUCCAAAUUGAUUCAAGCCAAUUUUGCCGAACACGCCGAAGGUAACGGGUGUGGACCAACCCAACAUGUAUGGGGUGACGAAGACAAUGACGGCAUUAAAGUAGUAUUGCCAGAAAACAGCCAACGACAUGUCUUUGUCUUUCUCUCACGGAGAGGAUCUCAGAGGGACAGUUUCAGAGGACCUUACCCCAGGCGAGUUGGAAACCGGGCCCGUACACGCAAAGCAUGACCAUGGUGAUGUAGAGUGAGACACCGCCAUGUAUGGGAGAAAGAUUCAUGCUGAGAGUGGCCAUUAGCAACCAACGGCAACGGUCUCAGAUUGUAGAAUCAAGCAAACCAACACCAUUGAUACAACCGAACACCAUACCAGCGUUUCAGAUCAUACUGAACAGGAAGAAAAAGAGGUUAGUCCAAGAGCAAAGGAAAUUGUAGAGGCAAAACCAAGGAAAGCGUUCACGCCUGCCAAUUGCUGAUUAACAUACGCUUGCGUAAGCUAUAGGAUAACAUAUCUCCGUAUAAUUGUAAAUUUAGUCGGGAAAUAAAGCAAAAAAUUAUUG